AUGAUUGGUCGUCAUCCUGCGGCCGCGGCCACCAGAAGCGCCUCCUCCCAUAAACGUCGUCAGAGCGCACCGACGCUUCCCACUUUCCUUCCAGGAGACGAGCCGCGGCGCUGCUGCCGGAGAAAAGAAAAGAAAAAAAAAAAAAAAAACCUUUCUGCGCGUCCUUAUGGCACACAACUAGCAGGGUGAACUGCCCUCUGCUCGUUUUUUUUUUCUACUUUUUUUUUUCUAUUAAAUCGUCCUCCCGGUGUAUGGAAAGCGCUCCUGGAUGGACCUGGGCGAAAACAGCUGGUCCAUGGUCAAGCGAGAAGUUUCCAGCAACCCAGGGUCGCCGGCGGAGCAGACCUACCUGGCCGGUGACAGCAGGAGGGACACCUCCGUGGAGCUCAGGACGCCUCCAAGCGACCUGGACGCGCUGGGCCCCCGGCGCGCGGACGGCAGAUCGCUGCACUCCUACCUUCACUUCGGACACGCGCACGGUGGCGGCCUGAGCGCCGCCGAGGACAUCCCGCUGUUCACGGACUUGGAUCAGGGGAGCAAGCUCGUCCUGUCCGCGGGAGCGCACAAGGCGGCGGGCCUGCUGGUGGACCCCACCGACAUGUACCAGACUCUGGCCAUCGCCGCCGCGCAAAGCCAGAGCGGAUAUGAUUCCUCGUCGGCGGGGUACAUGCACUCCAACCCCAACUCCCCCGUGUACGUCCCCAGCUCCCGGGUCAACCCCAUGAUCUCCAGCCUCCCCUACUUGCAGGCCGGCGGCUCCGCGCAGCCGGGACACGCCGUCUCCAGUCACUCGGUGUGGUCGCAGUCCGCCCCCGAGAGCCCCUCGUACGGCGCCGGGAGCCCGCACACCUCCAGCCGCUUCCACUACACCCCCAGCCCCCCCAUGAACAACGGGACAGCCAGGGACAGCGGCUACAGUAACACGCUGAACGUGAGCAGCAGGGACCAGUACGGCCUCUCCCGCCCACUCAGUGGGACCUACGCGAGCCCUUACGCCCCUUACGUCGCCCCCCAGUUGCCCUCGCCCUGGACCGGGGGGGCUUUUGACAACACUAUGCUGCACACCUUGCAGAGCAGAAGCGCGCCCUUGAUUAGAGGACCGAACGGAGUUUCAGACAUCCUGGACGACAUGGCGGAGAGCAGGGAGUGCGUGAACUGCGGCUCCAUCUCCACGCCGCUGUGGAGGCGCGACGGCACGGGCCACUUUCUCUGCAACGCCUGCGGCCUUUACAGCAAAAUGAAUGGCCUGAGCCGGCCAUUAAUUAAACCCCCGAAACGCACGUCGACCUCCAGACGGAUCGGCCUUUGCUGCGCCAACUGCCAGACGAGUACAACCACCUUGUGGCGCAGGAACGCAGAGGGAGAGCCGGUGUGUAACGCAUGCGGGCUCUACACGAAACUACACGGGGUACCUCGGCCGCUCGCCAUGAAGAAAGAGGGAAUCCAGACAAGAAAAAGGAAACCCAAAUCUUUGAAUAAAACCAAAGGAUCCUCUGGCAAUAACAGCUCUGUGUCCAUGACUCCCACAUCCACCUCUUCAUCUAACUCUGAAGACUGCUCCAAAACCAGUUCUCCCUCUGCACAAGUGUCAGGGGUCAGCUCAUCCGUGCUCUCCAGCUCGGGGGAGGGAACCAGCUCGGGCCCGGCGGGGAAGUUCUCGGGACAGGACAGCCUGUACGCCAGCGUGGGUCUGACCCAGAAUUCAGACGUAGCUUCGGUGAGGGGCGAACCCUGGUGCCCCAUGGCUUUGGCUUAAAAAAAAAAAAGAAAAUUCAAAAAAAGAAAAAAAAAGUUGUUUUCUCUGGGUGGACAGAACUCCCUGCACCCCCCUCCGCUACCCCGCCCACCAGAUCCUCACCCACUUCUUCUGUCUGGAUGCUGGAUAACACGUGGAUGUGGACACGUUUUGACCCCCACCACCAAAAGGGUGAGAUGAUCUUCACGCAGCAUGAAAACACGGAAUAUCUGGGAUUUUUAUUUUCCCAGAUUGGUGCUGGGAAAACAAAACGAAACAAAAGAAACAACGGAUGGAAACACAAGGUCAGAUGAUGGUUUCUGGACCCAUCGUGGACUCUGAUGUCUCCCAUUCACGACACAAAACCUGAUUCUUUACCGUAAAAACUGCCACCAUGAAGGAGUUGCUCACUGAAAAACAAACAAACAAACAAACAAAAAAACUUGGACAUCAGUGCUUCAUGAAGCACUUCGGACAUUUAGAUAUGCCUCCCCCUCUCACAACUGGAAUCACGCCAUAAAACAACUUUAUGAAUCAAAAGUAAAAAAAUAUAUUUAUGAAUCUUCCAAUGUUGAGAACAUGAUUGUUAAUAAAAAUAUCAAAUGUAGAGUAGAAAAUGAACCUUUUUGAUGUCCUCUUUGCUUUUUCUUUCCUUUAAAAAAAUCAGUCGUUAGUAUGAAGUAGUGGUAAAUCUGCACACAUUUUCCACUAAAAGCUCUUACUGAUGACUGAAACAAGUUUGGUUUAAACAGGGUAUAAAUGUCACAAAGUGUUGUUUUUGUUUAAUCAUUUACUGAAAAAAAAGCAAGUUAUUGAUUUCUUCUGAGUCAUUCUCCACAGCUGUGAGCAUCAGAGGUACUUUUCUUUUAAAAACAUGCUAAACCAAAAGCUUUUUAUUUUAAACUAAGCUCAACCAGAACAGUUUAAGUUUUUUUUUUUACUGAUGUUUCUGGUCUAACACGUGAACUGCUGCACUACCUGAAUCAAUAUUAACUUUUAUGUGUUUCUCAAUCACGUUCUUUGCAAAUUAGAACAAAGUGGCGAAAAAGAUCAUCUGAAUAAAUUCAUGCCGUGAUGACUGUGGAUGCUGUAGUGAAUCAAUGUGUUUCUUUAAACGAUGCGAUCUUUGCAAAACAAACGAAGCAGACUGAUUUUUUUUUGCCUUAAUUUGUUACAAAAAAUAUUCUGACUCUGGCACAAGAGCAGGUUUUACAAAAUAUACAUUUAUUUUAUUUUUUAUUCAUCCUUGUGAAGCAUGCCGUUCACACUUCCAGCCCUAUUUAUUUCUUUAAAUAAACAUCCUGCUUUUAUUUUUAUUUUUUUUCCCUCUAUGGAACUGAAUGAGAAGUUCUUUUAUUUAAACUCAGUCCAAUCAAUGGUUCAGAUGAAACAAAUUAUUUGGUUUGUUUGAAAAGUUGCGAUAAAGGGAGGAAGUUUUGAUCUUAUCUUUGAUUUCAAUCCCUGCACCAACUUUGCUUUUUUUUAAGAUGUUUUUAAUAACAAAAACCAGUGAAUGAAAAGCAAGGAUUUCGUGCCUUAUUUUAAAAAAUUCAAAUGUUUCCUAAAUAUAAAACAUGAAUUGAUGCUUACAUGCUACAAUUUCCUGCUUUUUUAUGGGAGACGAUUCCUUUAGCUGCAUCGUGUUUUUACUGUUUGUUCCAUUAAAGCAAACCUUUUAUUCCUCCUGA